GUUAGAGAUUGACAGAGAGAAGAAAGGUUUAGAAGAAGAGAGAGAGAAAAAAGAGAGAGAGGAGGGAGAGAGACGGAUGAUCACGUGAUUGUAGAACAAGUCCUUCAUCGAGAACGACCUUCAGUUCAUCGUCAGACCUUCCUCGUGCGAGUAGCGUGAUUAAACUGAGUUAACCUUAAGACGUGUUCUUUCAUAACCUUAAACUAUUCGAUAACAUUCAAUUCUAUAUUAACAACGUGUCUCCAAUUAUGAUCACAGAUAGAACAAGACUUGCUUACGUUACGGCAGCAGCUGUUGGUGCUGGUACAGCAGUUUUCUUCAUUUGGUGGUGGUGGAAUCAUAAACAGAAAUAUCAAUUACCUACGAAAUGGAGGAAAGUAGGUGAACUUAGCGAUCUCGUUAUAUAUCCGGUAAAAUCAUUGGGUCCAAUUAGAUGCACGACGAUGGAAUGUACUAAAUUGGGUCUCCAAAUUGGAUGGUUAUGUGAUCGAACAUUAAUGGUUAUUGAUAUGAAUGGUCACUUUGUAACUGCGAGACAAAUGCCAAAAAUGGUUCUGGUGUCACCAAGCGUUUCGGGUUCCAUUAUAACGCUAAAUGCUCCAGGCAUGAUGUCGUUGACAAUAGAUCUUAUGAAUAUUUGUAAAGAAAGUUUUCGCACAGCAGUAUGGGGUCAAGCAGUACCGGCUUGUGAUUGUGGGGAAGAAGCAGCCAGAUGGUUGUCACGUUUUCUUCUUCAAGAAGACGUCGGUUUUCGUUUGGUUUAUUAUCCGCUAAAUAAACCAGUGAGAGAAAUACGAGAAAAGAACAGAAUCUUCCCUUUGCUUGAGAAUAAUGAUACCGGUGCUUAUCAUGAUGCCACCAGCUAUAAUCUUAUAAACAAGCGAUCGAUAAUGGAUUUAUGUUCGCGAUUAGAAGAACCGGUAACUACAUCGAAUUUUCGACCAAAUUUUGUCGUAAAAGGAGCUAACGCUUACGAAGAACAUAAUUGGGAUUGGAUUAAAAUUGGAGACAUUGUUUUUAGAAAUGUUAAACCUUGUACCAGAUGUAUUUUCACCACGAUUGAUCCUGAAACCGGUGUUAAAAAUCCAAAAGUCGAACCAUUAAAAACUUUGAAAAGCUAUAGACAAAUUAUGGAUCCAGAAAUUCGUCCCUAUACCGGUGAUGCUCCGGUUAUGGGAAUUCAUCUUGCUUUAAGAGGACCAAAUGGUACAAUACGUUUAGGUGAUCCAGUUUACGUAGAUGUCUCAAAAGAGGAGGAAACCUCUAUAAAAUCGCCACCAUAGCUACACCGAUGGUCCUCCUGCGAGGAUGAGAUUAUUUUGAAAGAAGAUAAUUUUCUCGUAGGGGACCACAACUCGUGACGUGAUCAAAUUGAAAAGGAAAAAAAAAAACCGACAAAAAUACUGUUUCGAAUGUACCUCUUCUGAAAAUUAGAUUUAAUUUAAGAAGAAGAAAACAAAGAAGAGAGAAAGAAGAAGAAGAAGAAGAAGUAGUAGAAGGAACAGAAGAAAAUUUCUUCAGAAUAUUACUUGUGAGAUACGAUUUUGUAAAAAUUUAUAUUCCAAAUAAUUUAUCGACAUAAUAAUUGUUGACAAAAAGUUAUUAUAAUAAUCAGAGUAUAUGUAAUAACAUAUUAACAUAAAAGAACUAUUUGCUAAUUAGAAGAUAACUCAUUUUGUUGUAUCCUAUCUAAUUAAAAACUUAAUAACAAAAUAGGAGCUUCCAGUGUUACAAUUAUUGCGACUUAUAUUUUUGUAAGAAUAUAUAUAAACUAGUGUGGUUCUUAUUGUGGAUAUUUUUGAAUUUUUAUGUCCGUAAGCUUAUACGGUUUCCGAAAUAAAAAACAAUAUCCCUUAA